AUGGGCAUUGUUCCACCAGUGAUUGCGAAUAGCCAUCAGGCAUGCUACCAUUGCUUCAAAAGCCGUAAUGUGAAACUUCAGCGAUGUUCGCGCUGCCAUAGGACCGCUUAUUGUAGCUCGGAGUGCCAAAAGGCCAACUGGAAGAGUCACAAAGGCAUUUGCAACGCCCUAUCAACUCUCGGAAAAGAGCCUUCCCAACUCCUUCUGGCACACAACACUUCUAAAUCCCUCCCACUCGGUCUCGAGGAUCUGACCAAACGCGACACAGUACAAAAAUUGCAACUCUGCGAGCGUAUUCUUUCGCGCGAAACGAACGUUCUGGAACGUAAUCUUCUCUGUUGGGAGCCGCGGUGCCUCCUCUGUAUCAGAACGGACCAGACCCUUCGCAUUCAGGAGAAGGCUGGAGCCUUGAAACCCGCCGGCGCCAGGCUAACGCCCUGCCCAACAUGUCGUCUAUCCUUCACCUGCUCGCCCGAGCACUGGAACCUUGUGAAAGACUUCCACUCCAGUACUCCAUGCCCUGACUCUCCCUUCGGUCUAAGCCAGUGCCAGACCAACUCUUUGAUCUUUGCUGACAGCGAAUUCGAAGCCGCUCAUCAACAGGCGAAUACCCAAGGCGGACCCUUCCAAUGGGCACCAAAGCGCACUGUCGAGCGUUGGUCAUCUUUACUGGAUCCGGAAAGGUCUACUUGGGAGACCGAGUUUGGGGAACUGUUCGAGAGAGAAAUGGGAGUGAGCGGGCCUAGCACGGACAGCGUUGAUGCGAAAACCAAGCUGCGAGCAGCGAGUGAAGGGCUGUCCAUGAUUGUGACGAUUCUGUGGGCACUUGAGAAGCUGAACGAAGGGGAUGAAGCUUGGACGCAGAAAGAAAUAUUAGAGAUUCAUGUCAGUCGCUCUCUUUCUCUCUUUGACUCAAUGGUUUUCGAAGAGAUCUUACAUCGUCUUCCGGAGGUGAAGACGCUCAAGCUCGUAUUCUGUGGACCCGAAGUUGAAAUGUAUGUCCCACCGUACAGGUUGGGCAGGACGGUCGAAAAGCACUUGUGCCCGUCUUGCAGGCGAUCAGGCCGUAAACGAGUAUACACCCAUUACGCAGAGACCUAUCACGACUUUAUCUCUGCCCAAGGGCCUAAAUAUGUAGUCCCCGACCUCGCUGUCGCGUUCAACACCGGUGCCUCUCAAGACGAUGUCGAUUCCUGGCGCGAGACGAUGGAUAUGCUCGUCGAUCGCGAAGUUCCGAGCGUAUUCACGGCAUAUCAUAAGGAGGAAGCCCUCGAAGAGCAAGAAUAUCUCUCCGAGGCAGGCGCACGGUUUGUCAUGGAAGCGAAGAUUAAUCCUUGGGGGAGCAUGCUGAUGAAGAUAGAACCAUAUAACGUGUACGGGUACUUCGCGACAAACGGUUGGAUCGCGGGCAUGUUCAAGGGAAGACGCUGA